CCUGCCUUUUUUUUUCUCUCUCUCUCUCGCUUUCUUUUUUUCUUUUUUUCGGGGUAGGCUACCUGCCCCAGAGUACAAUCUUGCGUGAGACGCAGUCAGUCUGACAGACUCAGUCAGUUGUUGGUGAAUCGUGUAAGAAAGGUGACGCGCUAUUUUCCGCGGUCUUGUGCUCUAAGUCAUGAAGUCUCGUGGGAAAAUGUAUACGUUACAACUUAGCCUUUAUGUUAUUCUGCAGUGUUCUAUGGGAUACCAAGCAGCUGUGCGACAAACACAACAAUGUAAAUCAUCGUGCUAUAUACAGAGUGACAGUGACGAAACAAAGGAGAGCGGUGCUUGCAUUUUCAAGUACAAUAUGAACCGCAACGCGUGUGCAACAAAAGUAUCAUCGGAUUUCGACCUGUCCAUCAUCCCUUACGGUACGAAUAUGAAUUCUCUUCAGAUGGAAUCAACACCAAUCGAUGUCCUGAACACUGCAGUUGACUUCUCUCUGAAGGUUAACGUGACAGGUGAAGUGUUCUUGUUUCUCAGCGGUGUUACCAACAGGAAAGACUACAGAUGCCUUACCAUGUGUUUUGAAAAGCGACUUAACUGGCCGGCUUCAACGUUGAAGGCGUCCUGUGUCAAAUUUCCGAAUGGAUACUACACUGUUACGGCAAUAGCUUAUUCUGGUACACAAAUCGAAAACGUUACAUGCGCCACGUUGAUGGAAAGAAUGGCAAGCCUCUCCAGAAAAGAUGCUGUUGUCUUAUCUCGUUCUGAGCUUUCACUGAAAGCUCUAAUUAGUGCCGCUGCAAACCGCCGGGAGAGAAAGCUACACAGAAGCAAGCGAGUCGGGGACCGGUCAAAGUUGUCAAUGUCAGACAUAUGGAAUCUGACAGAGACUCCCGCCAUGCAGAGAUGUCCUUGCUACACUUGUUUAAACACUCUGCACAACUACAACAACGAAACGGCCUUGCUACAGCUUUCCUACAGCAUCAAUACCACAAACAGCUGUUGUUCUAAUUGCUCGUCCCUAAACUUGGUACUGUACCAGUAUGCCUCAGUUAGCGACGAACAACAAUGCAUCGACCUGAACUUCACUACAUCCGUCAUAAGUGGUCUACGUCUCGUUACCCCCGAUAAAAACGUUACGCAAGGUCCAAUUGAGUAUCCUAAUACUGACAACGGAUGCUAUGCAUUUCGCCUUCGACCUAUGGUUAAUCCAAGCCCUAUUUAUCAUGGUUUCUUCUGGCUGACACCAAGCGGAAACGUCACAAACAUGAAUGACUGGAACACAACGUUCUUCUUACAACCUUACCCUGAAACGGGAAGUUUAGAAGUAAAGUGGACAGCACCUACAUAUCCUUAUAAUUUCUCUAGUUACGAGCUUCAGCUAUGGCACCACAGAAGUAUAGCCAUCAAAUGUCGUGGUGAAGAUGUCUAUACCGGACCAAUCAUGGUUAUCCCCGAAUCUGGUAAAAUAUCCCUUGCAUCGACAAGUUUCAACUUCCAUAAUCUCAGCAGUGGAUGGUACUGUGCUAGAGUUACGCCUGUUGACUCUAGAUGUCCCCCAGAUGGCUGUGAACCUAGAUCAAGCUUAGCAAGGUUACUAAAAGAAAGUGAUGAGUGCUGCAGUGAUGAGGAAGACAGUGAAGAUAUAACACUGAUGCUGGUGGGCGCAGCAGCAGGAGUCGUACUGGCAGGCACAGUUUUAGCAUGUGUAGUAGCAAGGUGUCGGACUUCACGUAACUUCUUCAAUGUAGCAUAUACAAAAGUGAACAGUGGUGGGAGACUGGGUGAUACUCAAGAAGUUCUUCUCCUCUGGACGGCUGCAGGGGCAGACGGGGCCCAUCUCUCCUCAGUUGUACAGGCUUUCAAAAAAGUUCUCACUUCUUAUGGGAGAUGCAAGGUGUACGAUUACUUGGAUCUAAUGUCUAUCCCACCCCAACAGCGAGAAUAUCUCCUAGCCACUCCAACGUCUUGGCUGGAUGCUCUCCUCACGCAACACAAAAUCAAGAUUGUCGUGGUUGGCACAGAAGGAGGACGAUAUCGUCAGUUACAGUGGAGGUCAUGCUCUGGAGGUAUGUCAGAAGUCACGUCAGAUUUACAGCCCUUAGAUGCACAGCUCUUUCCAUACCUCCUGAGACAACUUCAAGACAAACCUGACCUGGCAACUGACUAUUCUAGAGUAUUCCACGUGAGAUUUAAUGAUAUCAGCGCUGAAGGAGCUGAACUGGAAGGAGUUGUAUCGUGGACUAGAUACCUCAUCCCUCAACAUCUUAGGUCACUCAUUUUAGCUCUGCAUGGGGUCAAAGAGGAUGAAGGUCAAUGUCUUGAGGAGCCUUCACCAGAGAUACUUCAGACAAUUCACAGUGCACUGAUAAAUCAUCCACUCUAUGAAUCGCGUUCAACACGCAACAAUAAUUCAACGGGGAACCACUGCAAUACAUCUCCAUCUACCAAUCUCAAUGAUGACCCAAGUCUUAGACAACCUUUUAUCAGCCAAACUAACAUCUCUUCUACCAACCUGCUCAAUUCCGCUGAAAAUAUAAUUUCAUUAAAUAAUAUUUCAAAAGAAACUGUAGACGACGACCAAUUAUUCUCCAACAAUUGCAAGUGUACGAAUGAUGGAGUGGCGAAUCUACAAAACAAGUCCCCUUCCGAAGAUACAACAUCGACUAAGAGAGUCCCAGGAAACAAUUUCCCGAGUACUAAUGUUUCACAUCCAAGCAUUCAGGAUAAGAGUAAAACGACAGUGAAUAACAGUCUAAAUCAUUCUGAGCCAGUGCAAAGAAAAGAGCCAUUUAACGAAAGUAGAUCAAACCAGUCUGAAACAGCGUCACCAAUGACAAACGGUAUAAUCAAAUAGGGUCAGCCAGGGAGAAAGCGAGAGAGCUUCCAGAAAUCAAAAUAGUCAUUUUCUGGGGGGAAAAGUUUUGACUUGCCCUUCCAACAUAGAUAUGUACAGUUUUGUUUCAUCUUCUAAGGCACUACAAUACAUACUCGUAUUUUGAACGCCAAAAGUGGGCCACUGAAGAUACCGAGUACAGCCAUUUUCAUGCCAUCGGGAGUCGACCGAGAAUCCUAGGUAUUACGUCAUAUUAUCGUUCCCAGAAGUAGUGCAAAGAUAACACUGAACUGAUGCCAAAAUUAUUCUAAAAAACGGAAAGAACUAUAACGAAUUGAAAAAAAGGCCAAUAAUCCCACCCUAUCAGCCUCAUUUUUCUGCAUAGAAAAGCAGGACAAAAAUCAUUUCCCGUUUUCUAGGACAAUUUGCGCGACUAAAUUUCCUGAAAAAUGAUUUAUUUUACUUCAUUGGCUCCAGAAUGACAUUACUCGAUUCAUUAUAUGCAUUUCUUUGUUCGCAUACUGUAAUGGAUUCGUUGUUCAUUAUAAUAAUGUUUUCGAAUUCAUUAUCUCAUCCUACUUCAUCAUACCCUUGUAUAUAAGACAAUGUAUUCAUCUUUUGAGACUUCAUUGUGAUAUUUAUUAAGAAUUUUCGCUUUACAU